AUGGAAACCGUGUGGGUCCUGCUGGCUCUCGCGGCGCACGGUGGCUGGCAGGUCCACCACAUGGACGUGAAAUCGGCGUUCCUCAACGGUGAGCUCACCAAGGAAGUCCCAGUGGAACACGCUGUGUACCAGCGAGGCAACGACAAGGAUUAUCUGCUAGUGGGAGUGUACGUCGAUGACUUGAUCAUCACGGGCACCUGCGUCGAAGAGAUUGUGGCUUUCAAGGCUGAGAUGCACCGUCUUUUCAAGAUGAGCGAUCUCGGGCUGUUGUCUUACUACCUCGGCAUCGAGGUCAGGCAAGAACAUGGUGAGAUCACAGUGUGCCAACGCGCCUACGCAGAGAAGAUCCUCGAGCGAGCAGGCAUGGCCGGCUGCAAUGCAUGCCACACGCCAAUGGAGGCGCGGCUCAAGUUGAAGAAGGAGGACGGGGCACAGAAGGUUGAUGCCACUGAAUUCAGAAGUGUGAUCGGCUGUCUUCGGUACCUCGUCAACACACGCCCAGAAAUCGCACUCGCGGUGGGUGUGGCCAGCAGAUUCAUGGAAUCACCAAGCACAACACAUUGGGCCGUGGUGAAGCAAAUCUUGAGGUACGUCAGUGGUACGCUCAGCCAUGGGUGCAGAUACAAGAAAGGAUUUGGGUCACCGGAGCUGGUCGGCUACACUGACAGUGAUCAUGCCGGGGAUGUGAGCGAUCGAAAGAGCACUUCAGGCGUGGUUUUCUUCCUCGGCGGAAGCACAAUCACAUGGACCUCGCAGAAACAGAAGGUGGUGGCCAUGUCUUCUUGCGAGGCGGAGUACAUCGCAGCGGGGGCAGGUGCUUGUCAGGGUGUGUGGCUCAGUAACCUCAUUGCUGAUCUGACAGGCAAGGCGCGGGAGAAGUUCAAGCUCUAUGUUGACAACAAAUCCGCGAUCGCCCUUUGCAAGAAUCCGGUCCAUCAUGAUCGGACCAAGCACAUCGACAUCAAGUUUCACAAGAUUCGGCAGUGCAUUGAGGAAGGGAAGCUGGACGUCGACCACGUCAGGACUGACGCUCAGUUAGCUGAUGCUCUCACCAAGGCACUGGGAAGAACUCGUUUCAUUGAAAUGAGGGUGAAGAUUGGAGUUGUUUCGGUGCAGGUUUAA